AUGGAACGGAGACGCAAAGAUGCCUUACAAGCUAGCACCAACCUUACAAAUGCUCUGGUUGAUCAUCUAAAUGUUGGAGUAGCACAAGCUUAUCUGAACCAAAAACGUCUUGAUGGAGAGGCCCGACGCUUGGAGCAAAGUGCUGCUGUGCUCCAGAAGCAGACGCAGCAUUGGAUCACUCUGGUAAACGGUUUUUGUUCUGCUCUAAAACAAGUUGGAGACGUUGCGAGCUGGACUCAAGUCAUCCACAAAGACGUGGAACUGGUGGCAGCCACUCUACACCAUGCAUACACCACCACCUACACCAGCACUCACUCCACACCCCCUCCACCAACCAGGGCCAUCAAUGCUGCCGGUCUGAUGCCUGCCCAAGCCUCUACUUCGAGUGGCUCUGGAAUUGCGCUUGCUAGUGGAGUGACUGUUCCAGCUUCAACAAAUGUUGAAGCUAAAAAUAAGUGUGUUCAGAAACUAUCCAAGUCUCCUAGUGAACAAAAAGCUGAUAAGAAUAAUGAUGAACUAGAAGGAGCGUCUAGUUUAGGUCCUGACCUCCAUUCAUGUACAGAAACAAAUGUCUCUGAAGCAGCACCAGAAGGAGAUCACGCCAAACAAGAGGCAUCCUAAUUUGCCUCGAAACUUGCCAGAAAUCAGGCAACCGUUGACAACGGUUGAAUUUGUCAAUUUAACCGUUGCUCUUGGCAACGGUCGAAUGUUAUGCUAUUUAUUACUGAAGUUGCAUGAAGAAGCAUUAUCUUUUUGUGAUAAAGACGUUUAGUAGCGUAUAAAGAUCUUGUUGUUGUUCUGUUUUACUAUGUUCACUUUUCAAAUUGUAAGAGUUCAUUACUGUAGAAGUGUUAUGUUUGUCAUAGCAAUCAAAUGUACCUACCGUAGUAAACAUAUUUUAGUUAUAAAAGCUGUUGUCAUAUUUACAAGUAUCCCAAUAAAUAGGCUUGCAUCACUCACCAAUA